AUAAUUAAUUAACGAACCCCAAAAUCACACACAAAACAACACAAACACCCUCCUCUCUUCUCCUCUUCAGUCUUCACCAAAACAAACACUUUCACUUCUCACUGAACCCCAACCCACCAAACUUACAUUCUUGUCUCUCUCUCUCUCUCUUUCUCGCCCCUCUCUCACACAAUCAACGUGAUUUCAAACACACUUUCUAAAACUGCACCUUCAAGUUUUAUAACAAUGGAAUUUCAUUCUCUAACUUUCUUUGCAAUCACUUUCCUUUCAAUUUUAUCAACACUUUUCUGUGUUCAUGCUAAUUUAGAAGGGGAUGCUCUGUAUGCUCUGAGAAGGUCAGUAAUUGACCCGGGAAAUGUGUUGCAGAGUUGGGAUCCGACCCUUGUUGACCCUUGUACUUGGUUUCAUGUUACCUGUGACCAUCAUAAUCGGGUCACCCGCUUGGAUCUUGGAAAUGCAAAGUUAUCAGGAAAAUUGGUUCCUGAGUUGGGAAAACUUGAGCACCUUAAAUACUUGGAACUGUACACGAACAACUUUGUAGGCCAUAUACCAAAGGAGCUUGGUGGGUUAAAGAGCCUUGUGAGCUUAGAUCUGUUUCACAAUAAUCUUACCGAUCCAAUUCCUUCGUCACUGUCUAAGCUCUCCAACCUAAAAUUUCUACGAUUGAACAACAACAAUCUGACAGGAAGAAUCCCCCGAGAGCUUACCAAGCUCGGAAACCUUAAGAUCCUAAAUGUGUCAAACAAUAACUUGUGUGGUACUUUUCCAACAGCUGGUUCCUUCUCUAAGUUCACAGAAGAGAGUUUUGUGAACAAUCCCAGGAUAGAAGGACCGGAAUUGAUCGGGUUUGUGCGAUAUGACUCCAGCAAAGAAUGUUACUGAAAUUUGAAAGAGGUGCAAGAUUACUUGGCAAAAACAGCGAUUAUGUAGUAGGAAUAUCUGAUAAUUAACAUUAUACUGCAUCAAAAAGGGAGAACAACAGGCUAUAGUCCUUAGGAUUCUCUGUCUGAUGUUAAGACAGAGACUCGAAUGUUGGAUGAAUCCUUAUUUUGAGUUCGGUUUUGUCCCCAAAUGUAAUAUAUCUGUAAACCCUCAGAACUACUACUACUUGUUUUGUAACUGGUUUCAUUCCUUUGUAAGGAAGCUUAUUGUGGAGGUAGAUUGUCUAAUUGGUUGGAACCUCUCGGAAAUUGCUUGUUUCCGUAUCUUCUGUAAUAUCGGAUGCAUCAUGCAUGAAAAGACUUUUGUUUGCGGAAUGGUCAAUCGACUAAAGCGCAUUGUAAUUUCUUAAGUAAAUUGAUUGUUACAGA